UUCAAUGCAGCCUUCGUCCAACAAUCAAUAGAGAAAAAAGAAAGCGACGUCGCCAACUUUGUGAGGAAACGCCGAAGAGGAGAGGUAAAUCUUGAGAAAAGAAAGCCACUGAAGGAGCGAGCCGUGUUUUUGGUGAGUUACAUCGUCAAUGCGAAACAGGUGCACACACCAUAUAGGCCCACAAACUCCAUGGACGUAGAAGUGGUAUUUGAUUGAACAACCAUUAUUUGAGUGCUGCCCAUUGCCGUAUCCUAAGCGAACAGAUAUAAAAGUGGCCGGCAACAUGGGGCUCUGAUUGAAGUGGACAGAAACAUGGCCGAGUUUAUCGUGGGAGGGGACACGAAUCCACCCGCCAAAGAUCCGGGACGAUUUUACGCCCAGGCAGACCCCUCGGACGAGACGGGAUUUAUUGACGAAGAAGAGGAGGAUGACAGUCAGAACAAAGGAAAGCAAGUGGUGGUGGGGAUUUGCGCCAUGGAGAAGAAAUCCCUAUCGAAACCAAUGCGGGAGAUCCUCACCCGAUUGGAAGAGUUUGAGUACAUAACCACCCUGAUCUUCCCGGAAAAUGUCAUUCUCUACGAGGUUGUGGAAAAAUGGCCGCUCUGUGAUUGCUUGAUUGCCUUCCAUUCCAAAGGAUUUCCUUUGGUCAAGGCCAUUCGUUAUGCCAAUCUUCGUAAGCCGUACAUUAUCAACAAUCUUGAGAUGCAAUUCGACAUCCAGGAUCGACGAUCGGUUUACAACAUCUUGGCCAAAGAAGGGAUCGAAAUCCCGCGUCACGCUAUUCUAGACCGGAACUCGCCGGAUCCCGAUGAAAGCUCGUUGCUCGAGUUUGACGAUCAUGUGGAAGUGAAUGGAGUGGUCUUCAAUAAACCCUUUGUUGAGAAGCCCAUCUCAGCUGAGGAUCACAAUAUUUUCAUGUACUAUCCUACCUCUGCAGGUGGUGGAAGUCAGCGGUUAUUUCGUAAAAUCGGAAGUCGAUCCAGCGUGUACUCGUCAGAAUCCGGAGUUCGAAAAGACGGGUCUUACAUCUAUGAAGACUUCAUGCCCACCGAUGGCACGGAUGUGAAGUGUCUUUUUCCACUGACUUUGAAGGUUUACACCGUGGGUCCGGAUUACGCUCACGCUGAAGCGAGGAAAUCUCCGGCUCUGGAUGGAAAAGUCGAACGGGAUUCUGAAGGCAAGGAAGUGCGAUACCCCGUCAUUUUGUCCAAUAAGGAGAAGCUCAUUGCACGAAAAGUGUGCAUGGCUUUUAAGCAGAUGGUGUGUGGCUUUGACCUUCUCAGGGCUAACGGCAAAAGCAUUGUGUGCGAUGUCAAUGGUUUCAGUUUUGUGAAGAACUCUUCCAAGUAUUACGACGAUUGUGCCAAGAUCCUGGGGAACAUGAUUCUGAGAGAGCUUGCGCCAACGCUUCACAUUCCUUGGACCAUGCCAUUCCAAUUGGAUGAUCCUCCCAUUGUUCCAACCACCGUCGGGAAAAUGAUGGAAUUGAGAUGUGUUGUGGGCGUGAUUCGCCAUGGGGACCGAACUCCGAAACAGAAAAUGAAAUUGGAAGUGAAGCAUCCCAAGUUCUUUGAGAUCUUUCGUAAAUAUGACGGCUUCAAAGAAAAGCACAUCAAACUGAAGAAACCUCAACAACUCCAAGAGAUUCUGGACAUCUCCAGAGAAUUACUUAAUCAGAUCAAAUGCGGCUCAGUCGAAUCGGAAAUGAUCGAAGAGAAGCGGAGCAAGUUGGAACAAAUCAAAAACGUUCUCGAAAUGUACGGCCACUUUUCGGGAAUCAAUCGCAAAGUCCAGUUGAAAUACCAACCCAAAGGACGACCCCGCAAUACGAGUUCGGAUGAUGAUAAACCUCGAGAAGCAUCUCUGCUUCUCAUUCUGAAAUGGGGCGGGGAGCUGACGCCAUCAGGACGGUUCCAAGCCGAAGAAUUGGGGCGUGUCUUCCGUUGCAUGUACCCCGGGGGUCAAGAUUUGCUGAUUGGCGGUCUGCCCCCAAUCAAGGAAAAGAAACCCAGGGGCGGGAAGAAGGCCCCAAAUGCUGAUGCUGCUUUACCCGCCCCUAAACAGCCUCCAACCGAGAGCGGGCCUCAAGACUCCUUGUGUACUUCUUGUAGCGGUCAGGACUGCAGCGCACCAACCAAGAAUGACAGUAACACCCAUAACAAUGGCGAAUAUGCCGGAACUCAAGGUCUUGGCCUUUUGAGGCUCCACUCAACUUAUCGGCACGAUCUGAAGAUCUACGCAUCGGAUGAAGGCCGAGUUCAAAUGACGGCGGCUGCCUUCGCCAAGGGACUCUUGGCCUUGGAGGGUGAGCUGACCCCCAUCCUCGUUCAGAUGGUCAAAUCGGCCAACACCAAUGGUCUCCUUGACAACGAUAGCGACUGUUCCAGCAAGUACCAGAACAUGAAGAACCCUGUGCCUCGGGAGGAAUUGCACAUUUGCCACUUCAAGAAUAAGCGCCGAAAGAGCGGCUUGCUGUCCAACGCAGAGGAGCAACUCCCGGAUUUGCCCAAUUAUUUCAACAGUAACGACGAGAACAAUCGCCUGCAGACAGCCAAAGAAAGUGUCAAAUCCAAACUUCACGAGAUGAUGCAACAAACCCGAGACUUCAGCCAAGAGGACUCCGAGCAGCUCAAUCCGUGCCAUCAGAUAUCCAUUACCAAUGCCUUGAAAUUCAUCCGAAAUCCCGUGGAAUGUUGCAAACAAAUCCUAAAUCUGAUCCAAGAGCUCAACAAAACCAUUGAGAGCAAGAGGCUCGAAUUUGAAGACUCGAUUCUUUACCACGGAGAGACUUGGGAAUUAAUGGCCAGACGUUGGAGUAAAUUGGAGAAGGAUUUCCAGAACAAAAGUGGCCUCUUUGAUAUCUCAAAGAUCCCCGACAUUUACGACUGUAUCAAAUACGACCUUCAGCACAAUCGAACCGUUCUGCAAUCUGAUCAGGCCGAGAAAUUGUACAACUAUGCUCAAAACAUGGCGGACGUGGUCAUCCCCCAGGAAUAUGGCAUGACCAGGACCGAGAAAUUAACCAUUGCCCAAGGGAUUUGUGCCCCUCUGCUUCGCAAGAUACGAGCUGACUUGCAAAGAAAUAUUGAGGAGGAAUCCGAAGAGGACGAAGUGCCCGUGAACCGUUUGAAUCCGCGAUAUUCCUCUGGCGUGUCGAGUCCGGGUCGUCAUGUGCGGACUCGUCUCUAUUUCACCUCGGAGAGUCACAUUCAUUCUUUGUUGACCAUUUUGGCCGAAGGAGGUUUGGUUGACAGCAAGGACGAGCAAUGGCAAAGGGCAAUGGAAUAUGUGUCUUUGGUCUCGGAGCUGAACUACAUGACUCAAGUGGUGAUCAUGUUGUACGAAGACCCUACAAAGGAUCCAACUUCGGAUGAACGGUUCCAUGUGGAACUCCAUUUCUCUCCCGGGGUGAAUUGUUGCGUUCAAAAAGAGCUACCCCCUGGGCCAGGCUUCCGGCCGCAUAGCCGGAAUCAGGAAUCUCAACAAAACCAAGCCUUAUUGGAGGAAUCCGAGUCACCUCGGCAGGAAAGAGGAGAUGAAACCUUAACGGGUCAGGAGCAAAAAUCUGAGGAACCCGCAGAUUUGGUGGCGGGCUUGAAAUCGAACACGAAUAGUUCUCCGUGUUUGACGGCAAGUUUAAAAUGCUCGUCUGCGGAUUUGGAGAAAGUGUUCGAUUGCAUUGAGGAGCAUACCAGUGUGGGACCAACCAUUGAUGAAAACGAGAUCGAUAUCUCAAUUCAGUCCAGUUCCCCAGAAACGCAAAUAGCCAACGACUUGAAGCCAAGUGAGCCCAUUCCAAUAGUAAAACGGGUCUUUGUGGAAGACCCGCACAAAGAUGGCGGGGAUGGGGAUGACGAAGCCGGUGAUGAUGACGACGACGAGGAGGAAGACAGCGAUGAAGAAGAUUACAAUGAUUCACGUGCAACCAGAGUUGGAUCCUAUCCUGAAACGAGGCCUUUGGAUUAUGAAAGAACACAAUCCCUACAUGAAAAGCGAUCGAAAAGUUUAGAAAAACGUGGAUCAAGACCCAAAUCCUUGGAUUCGGACUCAAACCAAGAUGGAGCUGGUUCUAAGAUGAAAGAUGUUUCAGAUGACUCUUGCCAUCCAUCGAAAUCGCAGAGCAUGGAUGAAGUGACCGACGAAGAUGGUUACAAGAGAAGUCGAAGACGGUCCAUCCCGUCUCGCCGAAUGAGUAACUACUUGAAGUUCCUUCACGAAUUGGCCGCCAAAGGACCCACUGGAGCUCGCGUGUUUUCGACUGCUGUCAUAUCGGGAUCGUCCUCCGCCCCCAAUCUCAAGGAGAUGCCCGCGCCCAAUGACAACGCAGUGUGUAGCCCGGGUAUUCGUCCGUUGGAGACUUUGCACAAUGCGCUUUCCUUACGACAGUUGGAUCUAUUCCUGGGCUAUGUGACUUCGGCCAACUUCAAGACCCCGUCCCCAUCACCAUCCCGAUCAGUCUCAUCGUCUUCCAACUACACGAGACCUCCGGCUUUGGGUCUUUUCUCAAGAGAUAGUAGCUUCACAAUGUGGAGUGGUCCCCCUUCAUUCGUAUCCAGCUGUGAAUCAUCUCCGGGCUUAAAUGACUUGUUCCAUCGCAUGAGAAUGAUUCAACUGGAUCAGGAUGACCGAAUCAACAACGCCAAAUCCCCGUCUCACCCUACCCAUUGAAAUCGGAAACAUACAUAUUUUUGCAUCAUAAUAAAUACACAUGUUCGCGA